UUAUAUAAUUAAAUAUUAAUCAAAUAAAUUUUUUAUUAAAAUUAUGAAUAUAAUGUACAAAUUUUUUUUCAAAAAUUAUGAAAAUGUUUAAGCCCGCAUCGCAGACAAAACACUUAGUUUGAUCUAUUAAAAGUGACUAUUGAGUACGUGUGAGGUCAACAAUUUAACUUUCCAAAGCAAAAGAAAAGGGAUAAUAUACGUUAUCGAAAGGAAAAGAGACGUUUAACUUUUUACGCAUGAGAUUAAUAGAUCAAAUAUAUGUUUUUAAAUAGUCAAUUUGACAUGCAUUAAUUUUUGAGACGGAAAGAGUAGUCAGAACUUAAGAUACUUUGAGCAUGUUUAAUAGAGGUUUUAGGGUAGAAUUGUUAGCGGAAUAUAAGAAUCUGUCUCUUAAUUUGUAACUAAAAAAUCUAAGAACCGGUUUUUAAAUAACGAUUCUUAGUUUUUUAGUUAAAAGUUAAAAGACGUGUUCUUAUAUUACGUUAAAAAUUUCACACUAACAACCCCCGUUAAACAUGUUCUUAGAGACAAUUGUGUACGAAUAACUAGAAAUUAAGAUAUUUAUAUAUUAAUUUAUUGUGUUAUUUUCAUUUUGUUUCAUUAUCUAUAAAUUAUUAUUGUAUUAGAUUUUAAGAUUCUGUAAAGACCUAUUCAGAGAGAUACAGUAGUCAAAGGAGAUUAGUUACCUGGGUCCCAUUACUAUAGUUUUACAGCUAGAGAAUCUUAUCCAAUUCAUCUCAUCUUCUAUCCUCUCUCUCUCUCUCAAUCAUAUUCACUGUGUUUUUUUAAGAUACCAUCCUUGUGCAGUUAACAGUUAACACCGUAACAAUUUUUGAAUAAUUUAUCCCUCUGCCAUAGUGUGUGAGAAAGAAUCUCAGUCUUUAGAGGAGAAAAGAUGGUGGAAGGAGGAAUAGCGAAAGCAGACAAAACAGAGUUCACAGAGUGUUGGAGGACGACAUGGAAGACCCCUUACAUCAUGCGCCUCGCUCUCUCCGCCGGAAUCGGAGGUCUUCUCUUCGGUUACGACACCGGAGUCAUCUCCGGCGCUCUUCUCUUCAUCAAAGAAGACUUCGACGAGGUCGAUAGGAAAACAUGGCUCCAGUCGACUAUCGUCAGCAUGGCGGUGGCCGGAGCCAUCGUCGGAGCGGCCGUAGGAGGUUGGAUCAACGACAGAUUCGGAAGGAGGAUGUCGAUUCUCAUCGCCGACGUGCUGUUCUUGAUCGGGGCCAUCGUCAUGGCGUUUGCUCCGGCUCCUUGGGUUAUCAUCGUCGGGAGAAUCUUCGUUGGGUUCGGCGUCGGUAUGGCUUCGAUGACGUCGCCGCUUUACAUAUCGGAAGCUUCUCCGGCGAGAAUCAGAGGUGCGCUUGUUAGCACCAACGGUCUUUUAAUCACCGGAGGACAGUUCUUCUCUUACCUCAUCAAUCUCGCCUUUGUCCACACUCCGGGGACAUGGAGGUGGAUGUUGGGAGUUGCGGGAGUUCCGGCGAUAAUUCAGUUUGUGUUGAUGUGGUCCUUGCCGGAAUCUCCACGGUGGUUGUACAGGAAGGACAGGGUCGCGGAGUCGAGAGCGAUCUUGGAGAGGAUCUACCCGGAGGAGGAAGUGGAGGCGGAGAUGGAAGCGUUGAAAGAGUCCGUGGAGGCGGAGAAAGCAGACGAGGCCAUCAUCGGAGAUAGUUUUGGCGCCAAACUCAAAGGAGCCUUCGCGAAUCCUGUCGUCCGACGUGGACUCGCGGCUGGUAUUACAGUCCAGGUGGCGCAGCAGUUUGUCGGGAUCAACACGGUGAUGUACUACAGUCCCUCCAUUGUGCAGUUCGCUGGCUACGCCUCCAACAGUACAGCGAUGGCUUUGUCUCUUGUAACUUCUGGUCUGAACGCGAUUGGUUCGAUUGUGAGCAUGAUGUUUGUGGACCGGUACGGUAGAAGGAAGCUGAUGAUCAUCUCUAUGUUUGGGAUCAUAACUUGUCUUAUCAUCUUAGCAAUUGUCUUCGCACAAGCGGCUAUCCACGCCCCCAAGAUCGAUGCAGUGGAGUCAACCACGUUUGCUCCAAACGCUACUUGUCCAGCGUUUGCUCCUCUCGCAGUCCCAAACGCUCCUCCUUCGAGGUGGAACUGCAUGAAGUGUCUCAGGUCGGAAUGUGGAUUCUGCGCUAGCGGCGUGCAACCGUACGCGCCAGGAGCAUGCGUGGUGUUAUCUGACGACAUGAAGGCGACGUGUCACUCGAGGGGAAGAACGUACUUCAAAGAUGGAUGUCCAAGCAAGUUUGGGUUCUUGGCUAUAGUGUUUUUGGGGCUUUACAUCGUAGUGUACGCUCCAGGUAUGGGUACUGUCCCAUGGAUUGUCAACUCUGAGAUCUAUCCGCUUAGAUACAGAGGUCUUGGAGGAGGCAUAGCUGCUGUCUCGAACUGGGUCUCUAAUCUCAUUGUGAGUGAGAGCUUUCUCUCCCUCACACAUGCUCUCGGCUCCUCUGGGACUUUCCUUCUCUUUGCGGGCUUCUCUACAGUUGGACUCUUCUUUAUUUGGCUGCUUGUGCCUGAGACCAAAGGACUUCAGUUUGAGGAGGUCGAGAAGUUGCUCGAGGUCGGCUACAAGCCAAGUCUCUUGCGGCGGAAGAACAAGGCUAAAGACGUUGAUACAGCUUAAGAUGAAGUUUGUAUUUCUCUAUUUAAUUAAUAUUGUUGCAACUUUCCAGUUUCUAUAUUGUAUGAAACAGGAAUAAUACGUACUUACGUAGUAUCAAGAACACUUUAAAAACCUCAACCAAACUUCUCUAUGAUUUGACAACUAUCCCAAAA